ACGUUGUCGCAGCAGCAGCAGAACAACUUGUCUGCUCCAGCACCAACAGCAGCUCAUUAACACCCUUAUGUCGAGCUUUUUUUCUCCACUGGAAAUGCUCUUAUUUUUCUUGACAGCACAAACCCACGACCAUUGUGGAGUGUUUGUUGCCGCCGUGGAAUAAUAAAUAACGGCUUCUGCUGCUGCUGUAUCACGGGCAUCCGUCACACGGGCUGAGGCGCGACUGAUAACUGCUUGCUCCGCCCGGCGCCGGGAGCCUCAAACCCGGCCGCUGGGAGCUGGAUGGGUCGGGAGGCUAGCUAACUGGCUUUAGCCAGGAAGAGCCCGUCCAUCCCCUAACACGUCGCUGCCUUGACGACACCUUAAAAGGGUGACACUGAAGAUGGACUGAGGAAUAAAGGGUGGACAUGUCCCAUCAUCGGAGUAAGAGGAUUUCUUCCUGAGGUUGUGCUCUGGAGCUGAACUGUGCGACUGAGCUGGGAGACGGAGGAAGAUGCCUCCCAGGCCGUCCUCUGGGGAGCUAUGGGGCAUCCACUUGAUGCCACCCAGGAUCCUGGUGGAUUGUCUUUUGCCCAACGGCAUGAUUCUGACCCUGGAGUGUCUCCGUGAAGCCACGCUCAUCACCAUAAAACAUGAGCUAUUCAAAGAGGCCAGGAAAUAUCCGCUCCAUCACCUCCUGCAGGAGGAGACGUCCUACAUAUUUGUCAGUGUUACGCAGGAAGCAGAGCGAGAGGAGUUCUAUGAUGAAACUCGGAGGCUCUGUGAUCUCCGCCUCUUCCAGCCCUUCCUCAAGGUCAUUGAGCCAGUUGGCAACAGGGAAGAAAAGAUCCUCAACAGAGAGAUAGGUUUUGCCAUUGGGAUGCCUGUGUGUGAGUUUGACCUUGUGAAGGAUCCCGAGGUUCAGGACUUCAGGAGAAACAUCCUGAAUGUCUGUAAGGACUCUGUGGAGCUCAGAGACGCCAGCGGGCCACACAGCAGAGCACUGUAUGUUUACCCACCCAAUGUAGAAUCCACACAGGAACUUCCCAAACACAUCUAUAGCAAACUAGACAAAGGUCAGAUUAUUGUCGUGAUAUGGGUGAUUGUUUCGCCGAACAAUGACAAACAAAAGUAUACACUGAAGAUCAACCACGACUGUGUGCCUGAACAGGUGAUUGCAGAGGCUAUUCGUAAGAAGACACGCAGCAUGCUGUUGUCUCCAGAGCAGCUGAAGAUGUGUGUCCAGGAGUACCAGGGUAAAUACAUCCUCAAAGUCUGUGGCUGUGAUGAGUACCUGCUGGAGAAGUACCCAAUCAGUCAGUAUAAGUAUAUCCGCAGUUGCAUCAUGCUGACGAGGAUGCCUAACCUGAUGCUAAUGGCCAAGGACAGCCUUUACACUCAGUUGCCUACAGAUAACUUUGUCAUGCCGUCAUAUUCUCGACGCAUCUCCACGGCAACGUCUUACAUGAACGGAGAGGCAGCGUCCAAGUCGCUGUGGACCAUCAACGGAACUCUGCGAAUACGAAUCCUGUGUGCCACUUAUGUCAACGUUAAUAUACGGGACAUUGACAAGAUAUACGUGAGGACAGGCAUUUACCAUGGAGGAGAACAGAUGUGUGACAAUGUGAACACUCAGAGAGUACCUUGCUCUAAUCCCAGAUGGAAUGAGUGGCUCACCUAUGACAUGUACAUCCCAGACAUCCCUCGUGCAGCUCGACUCUGCCUAUCCAUUUGCUCGGUUAAGGGCAGAAAGGGAGCGAAGGAGGAGCACUGUCCAUUAGCGUGGGGAAAUAUCAACUUGUUUGACUACACUCACACUCUAGUGGCCAACAAGAUGGCUCUGAACCUCUGGCCCGUCCCUCAUGGCCUUGAAGACCUUCUCAACCCCAUAGGAGUGACUGGAUCCAACCCCAACAAGGAAACUCCAUGUCUGGAGCUGGAGUUUGACCACUUCAGCAGCCCAGUCAAAUACCCGGAUAUGAAUGCAGUAGAAGAUCAUGCAAACUGGACCAUCUCGAGAGAACUGGGAUUCAGCUUCAACCUCUCUGGACAGAGCAAUCGUGUAGCCAGAGAUCACGCACUGACAGAGAGUGACACUGAGCAGCUGAGGCAGCUGAGUAACAGAGACCCUCUGUCUGAAAUCACUGAGCAGGAGAAAGACUUCCUCUGGAGACACAGGCACUACUGUAUGAACAUCCCUGAGAUCCUUCCAAAGAUCCUUCUCGCUGUCAAAUGGAACUCCAGAGAUGAAGUAGCACAGAUGUACUGCCUGUUAAAGGAGUGGCCAUCUAUCCGUCCUGAGCAGGCCAUGGAGCUAUUAGACUGUAACUAUCCAGACCCCAUGGUCAGACACUUUGCUGUACGCUGCCUUGAAAAAUACCUGACUGACGACAAACUGUCUCAGUACCUGAUUCAGCUCGUACAGGUAUUAAAAUAUGAGCAAUAUCUUGACAAUCCUCUGGCCCGAUUCCUUCUCAAAAAGGCACUAACCAAUCAAAGGAUAGGACAUUUCUUCUUCUGGCAUCUCAAGUCAGAAAUGCACAAUAAAACAGUGAGCCAGAGGUUUGGGCUGCUGUUAGAGGCUUACUGCAGGGCUUGUGGCAUGUACCUCAAACACCUGAGCAGGCAGGUAGAGGCCAUGGAGAAGCUCAUAAACCUCACUGACAUCCUUAAGCAGGAGAAGAAGGAUGAGACGCAGAAGGUCCAGAUGAGGUUCCUUGUGGACCAGAUGAAGAGACCAGACUACAUGGAUGCGUUGCAGAACUUCACUUCUCCUCUCAACCCCGCGCACCAACUGGGAAACCUGAGGUUAGAUGAAUGCAGGAUCAUGUCAUCAGCAAAGAGGCCACUGUGGCUGAACUGGGAGAAUCCUGACAUCAUGUCCGAACUCCUCUUUCAGAAUAAUGAAAUAAUCUUCAAAAAUGGAGACGACUUGCGGCAGGAUAUGCUGACGUUGCAGAUUAUCAAAAUCAUGGAGAAUAUUUGGCAGAAUCAAGGACUGGACCUGCGGAUGCUUCCGUAUGGCUGUCUGUCAUUAGGAGACUGUGUGGGUCUCAUUGAGGUUGUCCGGAGCUCCCACACUAUCAUGCAGAUCCAGUGUAAAGGAGGCUUGAAGGGAGCUUUGCAGUUCAACUCAAACACUCUGCAUCAGUGGCUCAAGGACAAAAACAAGGGCGAGAUGUAUGACAUGGCUGUGGAUCUGUUUACGAGGUCCUGUGCUGGCUACUGCGUAGCUACCUUUAUCCUCGGGAUAGGAGACAGGCACAACAGCAACAUUAUGGUCAAAGACGAUGGUCAGCUGUUUCAUAUAGAUUUUGGCCAUUUCCUUGAUCAUAAGAAGAAGAAAUUUGGAUACAAGAGAGAGCGAGUGCCCUUUGUCCUGACGCAAGACUUCCUCAUCGUCAUCAGCAAGGGAUCCCAGGAGUGCACAAAGACCAAAGAGUUUGAGCGGUUCCAGGAGAUGUGUUACAAAGCCUACCUGGCCAUCCGGCAGCAUGCUAACCUCUUCAUCAACCUCUUCUCCAUGAUGCUGGGCUCUGGUAUGCCUGAGCUGCAGUCAUUUGACGACAUUGCCUACAUCAGAAAGACUCUGGCCUUGGAGAAGAGUGAGCAGGAGGCUUUGGACUAUUUCAUGAAACAGAUGAACGAUGCUCACCAUGGAGGAUGGACCACUAAGAUGGACUGGAUAUUCCACACAAUUAGACAACAUGCACUAAACUGAUCUCCUGCACACGGAGUAUUAACUCCUGUCGAUCAGACACAGAGUUUUUUUUUUUUUUCUUAAGGAAUUUCUGUUCUUUUACGCGAACCAUAAACAGCUGUGUUUCUGCUGUGUCACCAUUUUCUUGCCAUCAUCAUCAUCCCUCUCUGCAUUUUCUUGAUGAUACUGCACAGCCCUCUGCUUGUUUCAGGCCACUGCAACAGAGGUUUCCUCAUCUCCGGGUGUAGAUGCUUAUCUCUAGGGCUCUAUAUUUUUACCCCAACAUAAACAAUCUGUGUUUCCAAGGAAAUGUUUCCUCUCUCUUACUCUGCUGCCCGUGGAGGAGAAACACAAAUUGGACUACAACAAAUGUAGCCACAGCGGAAGUUCGACUUGCUGCUCUUUGAUGUAGUCGUGCUGCACUGUGGCUUCUCCCCUGACACGAGGCAUGUUUCUUUUUAAUCUCAACACCGCUGAGGAGUUAUUGUGCACAAGGGACCGUCUUCAAAUGUGUUGUAUCGUGGCUGGAGAACUGAAGCAAGUGAUGACUACAGCAGCACAGUCUUCCCCUCUAUCUUUGUGGUGAAGUUAUCCUUUUUUCAAAGCUCAAUCGUUGCACUGCAGGGAAGCCUCUUGUGUUGUCGUGCACAGCUCUGCAGUGUCUCGUGGCCUCGGUGAAACAGCACUCCACUCCUGGAGUCAACAGUUGUUGGUAGUGCAGCAGCUUUACAUCAAGCAUAAACGUCAGGGUGACGAUGCCUAUCCAUCAGAAUAAACAGCACUUCAGAAAAAAACUUGAAUAAUAUACAGAUUUAUUUUGACUUUAUCAAUUUAUGUAUCUAGUUUCUUUCGGUCUCCAAACUCUCUCCAGAAACCCAUCACUGUUUUUGUUUGCAGCUUUGUCUGGCCUCCUCGGCUACGACCUGACAUUUUUGUACUCUUAAGACAAGAGUAAAAGUGCCAAUUCCAAGUUAGUUUGUUUUUUCGAAUAACAACGGGACCUAUUUUAAGCCUUUUGUCUGUGAUUGUCAGCGAGCAGAGGCCCCAGGGGAAUGUCACGUCUUCCUGUUGAUAAAAUGCCUUGGCGUCACAGCAGAGCACUGCUCACUGCUAAGCCCGACAAACUCUGCAAAAGCGAGAUUUCCUAGUAAACAAACACAGCAGCACUAAUAACAUGAAACGCAUGGCGGCGUCCAUCAUUGUGUAUUAUUUGUGUGUUUUUUUCCUCCGUUACAGUUUCUUUGAAUUAUUGACCCCUGGACAAAGUGCAUUUUAACUUGUUCACAUGUUUUGUGGGUGUUUUUUCUUUUUUUUAUGACAACUUACUCUGAGCCUAAAACCCUUGCAGUAUUUGAGCCAUUCUUUGUGUUGCCCAGGAAAAUGUUAAAGCCAUCCUUCACUUCUUUUUUUAAUGUUUUUUGUUAACUAAAAUAUUUGAAUGUGUUACGUUUUUCAGUAUUUUUUUUCAAGUCAAGUUACUGGAACAAGAGAAGCAGCAUGUGGGGAAAAUGUUAACUUAUGUGAGUCAUUUUAACAAAAUCCUUGAAAUUUGAUGGGAUUGCUUUAGAGUGACUCAGCCUUUUGUGGCUGAAGCUGAUCCAAAUACACACAGAGAGAAGGCAGAGUGAGGUGGGAUUAGCUGACUGUCAUCAUCACAUUUCAUUGGAUUCAUUUGUGUUUAGGCCCCUUAUGUUUUAAAGAAAGACAAAAAAAGUAAAAACUGCUGAACGACCAGGUUUUUUGAGCAGUAGAGUUUGCAGCCGUCCCGCUUUCUUGACAUAAAUCAAAUCACUUCCUUUGUGCAGCGAGGAUCGGAUCUUAACCAUGUGAAGAUGAUUGGUUUAAUCAAAACUGUGUGAACUCAUUUGAGAAUGGUUUGAAUGUAACAGAUGUUUGUUUACACUUAAAAGUUAUCCUUCUAUCCAUCAGCUAAUUCCAGCUGUUUGCUCUCCGGAGACGUGUAUUUUGACAUUUUUUCUACUUCCACAGAACCAUGAUGGUCCUGUCAUAUGUUGAGAUCCCCACAUGUGCUUUGCUAAGCAAAGAGAAGGUAAUUCUAGACGUAAACAUGACACAAUUCUACUGCACUCUGUCCACUCGCCUGGUGAUUGCAUUGAAAUUUGUGCUCUGUCCUCACGCAGCACUUUCGUGUGUGACGUCAUAUCAUUGCAGCGUUCAUGUCUAGAAUGUAUUGAUUAAUCCGAAGAACAUGGACUGUAAUGUGCACUCGUGUCACGUUCAGGACUUUUUACCUUGUGCCAAACCGGGUGUUACUGCAGCCUGUGAAAGCAAAAUGCUGGACUCGUACCUCGCAGUAAGGCAUAUCAGUCACAGAGGUUUAAAAAAACAAAACAAGGGUAAAGGUUUUUGUUGGCGUAUGCACUAAAAAAGAUAAAGAAACAAAAAAAAGGGAAAGGGACUCUUUAGGAGAAAGGUGACCUAGCAUGCAUGUUUGUCAAGCAGCAUAACCACUAAAUAUGAUGUACAUAUUUAAGCAGCAUUAAGCAGUAUGGAUGUACAGUUAGUUAUCCUCUUUUUCUAUGGGAGUUUGUGUGUGAUGAAACUUGUAGUGUUGUAAUCUUUAACAUCCUUUUGCUGUUUAUGCUGUGUGUGUGUGUGUGUGUGUGUGUGUGUGUGUCCAUGUGCAUUAAUUAUGCUUCUGUGCCGGCUGCAGAGCUUCAUUGGCAGGCCCCAAUGAAAACACACACUAUGUAUGUAUGGGUGAGUUUGUGCGUUUGUGUGUGU